CUCUCUCCGUCAUGAUUUGAUGCAGACAGAAACGGAAAGUUCAUUUUAGAGGAAAGAAAUCUCAGAGUCGCUCUGUUUCAUUGUGUGACUACAAGAAAUGGCAGAGGUUGUAGAUCAGAAUCAGUUCAUCUGUGCAGUGUGUCUGGAUCUUUUCAAGGAUCCGGUCACUACUUCUUGUGGUCACAGUUACUGUAAGGUGUGUAUUAAUGGUUGUUGGGAUCAGGAGGAUCUGCAGAGGGUCUACAGCUGCCCCCAGUGUAGAGAAACUUUCACUCCGAGGCCUGUUCUACGCAGGAACAACAUUCUGGCUGAAGUGGUGGAGAAACUGAAGGAGACUGAACUCCAAGCUGCUUCUCCUGCUCAGUGGAACACAGGAUCUGGAGAUGUGGACUGUGAUUCCUGCACUGAGAGAAAACUCAAAGCCGUCAAGUCCUGUCUGGUGUGUCUGGCCUCGUAUUGUGAAGAUCAUCUUAAACCUCACUAUCAGUCUCAGGCUUUUAAGAUGCACAAGUUAGUUGAAGCCUGUGUAGAUCUCCAAGAGAAGAUCUGCUCUCAUCACGACAAACUGAUGGAGAUCUACUGCCGUACUGACCAAAGCUUCAUCUGUUACUUGUGUAUGACGGAUGAACAUAAAGGCCAUGAUACAGUUUCAACUACUGCAGAAAGAAGUAAAAAACAGAAUGAGUUAAAGGAGGAGCAGAUUAAAUCCCAGCAGAAGAUCCAGGAGAAGCAGAAGAAGGUGCAGGAGCUGAAACAGACUGUGGACACUAUUAAGAAGCGUUCACAGGCAGCAGUAGAUGAUAAUGAGAAGAUCUUUAAUGAGAUAAUCAGCUCCCUGGUGAAAAGGUGCUCGGAGGUGACUGAGCUGAUCAGAGUUCAGGAAAAAGCUGAUCUGAGUCGAGCUGAACAACACCUGAAACAUCUGGAGCAGGAGAUCACUGAUCUUCAGAGGAGAGUCAGUGAUCUGGAGCAGCUUUCACACAUACCUGAUCACAUCCACUUCCUCCAGAGUUUCCCGUCUCUUUGUGUUUCUCCUGGAUGUGACGACUCACCCAGCUUCACUGUCAAUCAACAUCUCUCAUUUGAUGGAGUGAGGAAAUCUGUCUCAGAUCUGAAAAAACGAGUCGAGGAAAUCUGUCAGGAGGAAUUCAACAAAAUCCGUCCACAAGCUGCAGCAGUUCAGAUGAUUUUCCCAGAACCAAAGAGCAGAGAAGAUUUUCUGCAGUAUUUCUGUUAUCUGACUCUGGAUCCAAACACAGCACAUCCUCAACUCAUUUUGUCUGAGAACAACAGAGUCGUGAGAUGCAGUAAUACAUGGCAGCGAUACUCUGAUCAUCCAGAGAGAUUUGACUACUAUUUUCAGGUGUUGUGUAAAGAGAGUGUGUGUGGACGCUGUUACUGGGAGGUGGAGUGGAAUGGUGAUGUUGUGGACAUAUCAGUCUCAUAUAAAGAGAUCAGCAGGAAAGGAGAGGGUGAUGAGCGUGUAUUUGGACGCAACAGUCAGUCCUGGAGUCUGAAGUGUUCUUCUUCUUCCUCUGUCUCUUUCUGGCACAAUAACAUUAAUACUGAUCUCAGAGUUCCAUCACCAUCCAGAAUAGGAGUGUAUGUGGAUCACAGUGCAGGAACUCUGUCCUUCUACAGCGUCUCUGAUACGAUGAGGCUCCUCCACAGAGUCCACACCACAUUCACUCAACCUCUAUACGCUGGAUUCUGGACCGAUUAUAACACAGUUAUGUGGUUUUGUGAUUGAAAAUUAAAUACACCUAAAAGUGUUUAGGAAAAUUAUAACAGUAAUUCAGGGAUAAUUACUAUAUAUUUUUUAUAAUCACUAUAUAAUCCAGGACCAAUUCAAUGCACUCAUGAAUACAGAAUACAGGAUGUUUCUAUGAAGGUUCAGAGAUGUUUCCAGGCCACAUUUGUAACGAUUGUAAUACAGGUUUCAAAACAAAGAAAGAGAGAAAGAGAGAGAGAUAAGCAGAAUGGAGGACAAUAUUCAGGAGACUGCUGAAGUAGUGACUCUCGUGCCAAAGCUUCUUGACUCCUCGGUAUUUCUUCAUUGUGUUAGGAAUCCUGUGGAGAUUUUUUUGCUUUUUUCAAUUUAGUUUUGUGCUGAUUAACUCGAAAUGAUCUGUGAGAGACAGAAUAGGUCGAUGUGUCUUAAUACUUUUGGUCUAACUUUUGCGUUGUGUAAAUUAUUUGUACAUGUUGAAACAAUCUAUUUUUUAGGGGAAAUAUUUCGGGUGAAAAGUGUACUUGUGAUUUCUCUCUUUAAAAUAAACACCAGGA